UCUAUGCAAAAGUUGCGCUGCUUAUUUUGUCGAAACAGACUGAUGAUACAAACAAUACAAAACUAAAAACGAUUGCAACGAUGAAAAUAUUCUAAUGUAGAUAAUGUCACGAGCUAUAAGAGUUCAGGCCUACAGGCUAUCAAUCUAAUCAAAGCUGGUUAACUAUUUUUGUUAACGAUCACGGGCCGCCCACGCGCGCUCUCGAGAGCAGAUGAAUUGGAUGCGAGAGGAUGAGAGAGUUAGAGGAGGAGCCUGUGCAUGGGGUCGGAGCCUUAAACACCGGACCCCGGCCGGGUGACCCGCAGAGAUGCUACACUCUGGGAUGGAACACUGACAACAACUGUAUAGGAGACGCAGGGGAGAAAGUUAAUAAAGACUGAGUGCUUUAGGCUAGUUGAUGGAUAGAACGUUUUACUCCCUGUAGAAAGGUGAGAUAGUAGUAACCUAUAGACUACGCCUGCUCAACAGCCAACAAGAACACACAGGAGGUCCUUAGGAGCGUUAUUUCAAACAGCAGUAUAAUCCCUUCAUUAGCGGUGAUUGACACCUGAAGCACGAGAGCGGCAGGACCUGAGCAGGAGAGAGUAGCACUAUAGGAGCUGUCCACUGUCCACGUGACCAUGGUGCUGAAUUUUUUUCUUCGUCACUUGCUUCGUAAACAACAGGAGACCAUGAUGGCCAAGUUGUACGGGAGGCCCAGCGAGGGGGCGGAGCUAGUCAGUUCUCUGGAGUGGAUGGAUGAUGACGUGAGCUCCCCAGACGGAGAUGAGCCAAUCACAGCAAACCGCUACAGACCGGGUGGAAUGGGCCACCUGGGCAGGGAGCUGGGCAGUGAGGACAUGGAGGAGGAUGAAGAGGAAGGGGAAGAGGAGGACCAUGGAGACGGGAACGCUCCCAAACGCAGAGGGCCCAAGAGGAAGAGGAUGACCAAGGCCCGGCAGGAGCGCUUCAAGGCACGGCGUGUGAAGGCUAACGCCCGGGAGCGCUCGAGGAUGCAUGGGCUGAACGACGCUCUGGAAAAUCUGCGCAGCAUCAUGCCCUGCCACUCUAAGACCCAGAAACUGUCUAAGAUCGAGACCCUGCGGCUGGCCCGCAACUACAUAUGUGCCCUGUCUGAAGCCCUGGAGGGGGACCAGUCAACGGAGAGCAGGGCCUUUAUGGAAACCCUGUGUAAAGGCCUCUCCCAGCCUACCAGCAACCUGCUGGCUGGCUGUCUGCAGCUGGGGCCUGGGGGGCAUAUCGAGGAGAGGCCUGAAGACAGGCAUGGGGGGAGAGGAGGACCCACAAUCCUGGGAGGGGUGGGGAUGGCCGUUGGACCAAUCAGCUACUCCUCCCCCGGCCUGCCCAGCCCGCCUUACGGCACACUGGACUCCGCCCACCUACUCCACCUGAGAGGGAUGAAGGGAGGGGCUUACGAGAGCCACUCCCCUAAUGACUGUAACAGUGGGGUAGGCACCCCUCCCUACGAUGGCCCCCCCACGCCCCCGCUCAGCAUUGGCAGUAACCUAGUGCUCAAGCAGGAGUCCUCGCCCCACUAUCUUCCCCCUCACCACUACCCCCCCUCCUCCAUCGGCCUGACAGGCCCCCAGGGACAGGUUUUGUACCAGAGCGCCCGCUACCAGGUGCCCCUGGAGAUGCCCUAUGAUUCAUACCGCUCUCCUCACAUGGCACCCCCACAGAUGGGCACUGUCUAUGGGGAUUAAGGCGUAGAGAGGACAGAUGGGGCAGAUGAGACUCUCCCCAAUAACACACUUCCCCAACUGGCUCCAUCUUGACCAAUGACUGAGAUGUUGGGAGAAAUCUGACUUUGAUAUGAGAGACCCAUCUUAGUACUAAACACUGUGAAACCAGCCCAUCGUUGUGAACAACUGGGUAGUUACUUAGUAAAAAGUAGAAAGUGGAUUGUUGUUUACAUUUGUGUACUGUAAAGGUUAGUGCUCAACACUGUCAAAAUCAGCUCAUGAUUGACAUUAAACCGCUUGUUUGCUGUGGUUGUUUCUGAACACCAAUUAAGCUAAAAGUCACCUCACUACUUGACCAUUUCCAAGGGAUUCACAAGAGGAGUGCGUCCUAUAGGUGGAAAGGCUGACUUGAAGAAAGACCUCAACUUGAGCACUUCUGACCAGCACUCGGAACAUGAAACACAUCAUUCACAUGCAUUUAUUUAUUCUCUAAUGUAAUAUUUAUAUGAACUGCUGUUAGUCAUUUUGUGUCUAUCCUUUAUAUAUGUGUUUGGUCUUGGCCUUCUCUACUUGUGCUGUCCCUGUUACAUUGUUGACUGACUCUGAUAGUGUAUCUGUUUUCUCUCUUCUGUGUCCAUUUCUCCUUUGUGGUCAGUUAUUCCCUGUUACACACGGAAAAAUAUUCUCAUAUAUAUUGCUAGUGUAGCUGAGGACCAGAGAGAAAACUGCCCAUGAGGAAGUGAGAAAUGUCUGCUGUUGUAAUGACAAGAACAAAUAUCAAUUACAAAAUCUGAUCACGGUGUAACUUAUUAGAGAUAUCAUUCUGUUCAGACACUUUCUCCAUUUUGCCAAAUAUAAAAAAAUGCAAAAAUGUUCCUCAAGAUGAUUACCUUUGGAUUGAAUUUUUGAACAAAAACGUUAUCCAUUAAAACCAU